AUGUCCAUUGACCAAACCUUCCAAGAACUAGGAAUUCCAAUCAUCUUAAAGGAUAGUAUCAGUCCAAGAGGCCUUGAAACUUUGAAAAAAGUUAAGCAAUUUGUGGAAACGGAAUGUCUACCUCGUGAUGAGCUCUAUAUCAAAGAAGUCGAAGCCAGGGUUCCUGCCAAAAGGUGGGACAAGAUCCCCGAGGUUAUCGAGCCUCUUAAGGCCAAAGCCAAAGUAUUAGGGUUAUGGAAUUUAUUUUUGUGUAAAAAUAUCAAUAAUAACCAACUUUAUAAUACAUUGAGUCUAGGAUUCACCAAUGUGGAAUAUGGUUUAAUGGCGAAAUAUAUUGGUAAAAGUCAUAUUGCUCCCGAGGUCACUAACUGCGGGGCACCUGAUACCGGUAAUAUGGAAUUGUUGAUUCAUUUUGGAAAUGAGAAUCAAAACAAAAAAUAUUUGGCUGAUUUACUUGAUGGUAAAAUUAGAUCAGCAUUUGCAAUGACCGAUAAGAAAGUUGCUUCUUCCAAUGCCUUAAAUAUCUAUUGUCGUGCCGAUCAGAUCGACGGGGACUUUGUGAUCAAUGGUACUAAAUGGUUUAUUUCAGGUGCUGGGGACCCUCGUUGUGCCGUGUGGUUCCUAUUGGUAAAGACAGGUUAUAAUGAAAAAAGCCCAUAUACUAAUCAUUCUAUUUUAAUGGUUGACGUUAAGAAAGCCCUUAAGGAACAGCCUAAUAAUGUUAGGGUUGUGAGACAUAUGCCAUUGUUUGGUAUCGAUGAUGCUCCUCAUGGUCAUAUGGAAAUUAAUUUUGAGAAUUUCAAAAUUCCUAUUGAGAGAGAUAAUAUUUUAGGGAAUAUUGGUGAAGGGUUUAAAAUGAUUCAGGCGAGAUUGGGUCCUGGCAGAAUCCAUCACUGUAUGAGAUUGCUCGGAGUUGCUGAAGAAGCUUUGAAUUUAUCCAUCAACAGAGCCAACAACCGAAUGGUGAGCAAUGGGACCAGAUUGUCAGAUAUUGAAUCAUUUAGAUCAGCGUUGGUUAAUAAUCAGAUAGAUCUUGAAAAUAUGAAGCUCUUGGUAUUGAGUGCUGCAUUCGCUAUUGAUUGCAAAGGGUCUAAAAAGGCAAAAAAAGAAAUUGCGUACGCUAAAAUAAGGGUUCCAAAAAAAGUUUGUGAUAUUAUUGACUGGGCUUUACAAAUGUUUGGGGCCGCAGGUAUGAGCGAUGACUUCCCUAUUGCUAGGUACUAUAUUAACUCAAGAACUUUGAGAUUUGCCGAUGGCCCAGAUGAGGUUCAUUUGAAACAGUUGAUGAAACAUGAAGCCAAGAGAUUCCAUGAAAUUGAUGAUUAUUUUGCCAACAUUGACAAGUUCAAAGAAGAAAUUGGCAACCCUUACAAAAGUUCGACAGUUUUGCCAUCUAAGUUGUGA